AGGCUGACGGGCUGCAGCAGUGCAUGCUGGUAAAAAAAACGAGGCUUGUUUGUCCGGAGAGGAACAUGCAGUCAAUAUUUGCAAAAAAUGGAUCAGAAACUCCAGAGCCGGUACAAGCUCAAGUCAGCGGCUCCAUCCCUUCCUGGCUGCAGGGCACUCUGCUGAGGAACGGGCCCGGCCUUUUCUCUGUCGGCAGCAACCAGUACAACCACUGGUUUGACGGCCUGUCCCUGAUCCACAGCUUCACCUUCAGCGAUGGUGAGGUGACUUACAGGAGUAAGUUUCUGAGGAGUGAAACCUACAAACGGAACAUCAAGGCCGACAGGAUUGUCGUCUCUGAGUUUGGAACCAUGAUCUACCCGGAUCCCUGCAAAAACAUCUUUUCCAGGACGUUCACACACCUCAGGAACAUCAUCCCUGACUUCACCGACAACAACCUGAUCAACAUCAUUCGCUACGGUCAGGACUACUACGCCUCCUCCGAGGUCAACUACAUGAACCAGAUUGAUCCUGCGACCUUGGAAACUGUUGGCAGGAUGAACUACAGGGACCAUAUUGCUCUGAAUUUGGCGACGGCUCACCCUCACUAUGACGACGAGGGCAACACCUACAACAUGGGCACCACCAUCAUGGGCCUUGGUAAGCCCAAAUACGUGAUCUUCAAGGUUCCAGCUGAUGCUUCAGAUAAAGAACAUAAGAAGCCGGCGCUGAGAAAAGUUCAGCAGGUCUGUUCAAUUCCGUUCCGUUCCACUCUGUUCCCGAGCUACUUCCACAGCUUCGGCAUGACCGACAACUACAUCGUGUUUGUGGAGCAGCCCUUCAAACUGGACAUCGUGAAACUGGCCACCGCCUACUUCAGAGGGGUCAACUGGGGAAACUGCCUCAAAUUCGAUGCGGAUGACAUCACCUUGUUCCACGUCAUCAACAGAGAGACGGGAAAGGCGGUGUCCACCCGUUUCUACACUGACGCCCUGGUAGUUUUCCACCACAUCAAUGCGUACGAGGACGACGGCCACGUGGUGUUUGAUUUUAUCUGCUACAAGGACAGCAAGCUGUACGACAUGUUUUACAUCCAAAACAUGACGCAGGAGACGAGCAGCUUCAUCGAGUCCAACAAAGAUUUCUCUCCGCCGGCCUGCAAGAGGUUCGUGGUGCCGCUUAACGUCGACAGGGAAACUCCCAGAGGAUCGAAUCUGGUGACUCUGAGAGACACGACAGCCCAAGCAGUGAUGCAGGAGGACGGCUCGAUCUACUGCCAGCCGGACACUCUGUUUGAAGGUCUGGAGAUGCCAGGGAUCAACUACAACUUCAACGCUAAAAAGUACAGAUACUUCUACGGCUCCAGGAUGGAUUGGUCUCCUCGUCCCAACAAGAUCGCCAAGUUUGACAUUGUGACCAGGAAACACAUCGAGUGGCAGCAGGACCGCUGCUACCCUUCAGAGCCGGUGUUUGUUGCCUCUCCGGGAGCUGUGGAGGAAGACGAUGGGGUCAUCUUAUCGUCCGUCAUCUCUCCAGAUCCAAACAUUUCUCCGUUCAUGCUCGUCCUCGAUGCCAAAACCUUAGAGGAGCUCGCCCGAGCCUCCAUCCCCGCCAGCGUCCACAUGGACCUGCACGGAUUCUUCAUCCCUACCACCGCCUGACAGGCAGCGUGGCCGCGUUAACUUAUUCCUUCACAUACAGUUAGGCCCAAAAAUAUUUGCACAGUGACACAAGUUUUGUUAUUUUAGCUGUUUAAGAAAACAUAUUCAGGAUACAAUUCUAUAACCAACAGUGGUGGAUGAUCGCAGGAUCCUUUCCCCUUCACAACAUCCACUCAAGUAAAGAACACUCUCCAGGAAGUGGGUGUAUCAGUAUCUAAGUCUACCAUAAAGAGAAGACUUCAUGAGAGUAAAUACAAAGGAUUCAAAGGUGCAAACCAUUAAUCAGCCUCAAAAAUAGAAGGGCCAGGGUUGACACCUGAAGAAGCCAGCCCAGUUCUGGAACAGCAUUCUUUGGACAGAUGAGACGAAGAUCAACCUGUACCAGAAUGAUGGGAUGAAGAAAGUUUGGAGAAGAACUGGAACAGCUCAUGAUCCAAAGCACAACACAUCUUCUGUAGAACAUGGUGGAGGCAGUGUGAUGGCAUGGGCACGCAUGGCUUCCAAUGGCGCUGGGUCACUUGUGUUUACUGAUGAUGUGAGAAAAGACAGACGCAGCCAGAUGAUCUCUGAAGUCUAUAGGGACAUACUUUCUGCUCAAAGUUGAUUGGACGGCGCUUCACAGUACAGAUGGACAAUGAUCCAAAACAUACUGCAAAAGCAACCCAGGACCUUUUUAAGGCAAAGAAGUGGAACAUUGUGCAAUGUCCGAGUCAAUCACCAGAUCUCAACCCCAUCGAGCAAUUCACCUGCUUAAGACCCACAAACAAGCAACAACUGAAGACAGCCGCAGUAAAGGCCUCACAAAGGAGGAAACCCAGCGUUCAGUGAUGUCCACGGGUUCAGGCAGUCGUUGCCUGCAAAGCAUUCUCAACAAAAUAUUGAAAAGUAAUAUUUUACUGAGGGUUAUGUUUAUUUGUCCAAUUACUUUUGAGCCUCAGAAAUGAGGAGCGUUUAUAUAAAAAUAGCUACAGUUCCUACAUGUUUAAUCAUAUAUUUUUGUUCAACCCCUUGAAUUAAACCUUAAAGUCUGCACUUCAAUUCCAAUGUGGUGGCAUGCAGAGCCCAGAUCAUGAAGACUGUGUCACUGUCCAAAUAUUUCCGGGCCUCACUGUAAAUCUGUAAUAUUCUGUUCUAGAGUCUACAUUUUGACAUUUUUUAACUUUUUUGAAGAGGUAUCAUUUAGUGUGCAGGACUUUUCUGCAGGAUCAUCCUCAGGACAUAUUUCUGCACAGUGGCAGAAAGACGCAAUUUGUUUUUUUAAGAACUGUUUUUGUUUGUUUGCUGUUCGAAUCUGUCGCCCUUCACUGCUAAACUUUAGGCUGAAGCUUUGUUUCUGAAUGAACAUGCAGGCUGCAGAUACUCAUCAUAUAAAAUUUUACAAACAGCUUGACAUGUUUGUGUUGAUACAAAACUUUCGGGUUUUACAUUAAAGCUUCAUGUGAAAAAGUACAAUCAGCUUUUGAAUUACCAACAUUAAACACUGCAGGUUCCUUUGUACUGAAAUCACUGAUGUAUUUACUGUCUCUGAAUCUUAUGUUUUUAUGAAGUUUUAAAAUCCAUUUUCAGGUUUAUUUUUCUGUGCAGCAGAAAAACAAAGUUUGAAUUGUCAUGGGGAACAAAAAAAUAAACCUGCUGCAACAGAAGAACUGAAUCCAGACCAAAUGCAAUUUAAACGUUUUUUAAUUUAAAGAAACUUCAUGCUGCUUGUUGGACGAGGCAUGCGGGGACGUUUCAGCUGAUGGCUGGCGCAGAAUAAAAUGCGA